AAUGCAACAUAGCACAAUUCAGUAUAUACUGUAUAAUCUGCAAGCAAUUUGAUGUAAAUUGCAUGGAGCAAUGGGUCAUAUAUUUGUCAAGCGACUGGCAGCAUACUUUUCUAAGUGCCUAUGAAUGUCUGGAGCACGUUGCUUGAAAUUUCUUGCGAUGAUUUGUUUGGAAGAUCUGUAUUGCCACUUUUCCAACCUCAGUUUUGGGUAUUAUGUGGUAAAUAGGAAGUUCAUUCCUUUUCCUUCAAUCUGUUAUUAUAUCUUGGCUUUCCAAGUAUCAUAUUUCUUACCUGCUUACUACAGUACUUGUAUUUCUCUAAAAUUUAUUCACAUGGAAUCAAUUAUUCAUGUGAUUAUGUGAAUGUAAUCCCCCCCAAUUGAUGAACCGAUUCAUAUAGUUGAAAACGAAUUGUAAGAUGUUAAAGAGAAUCUGGCGAUGUGAGUUACCUC